AUGAAGCACAAGAUGGCUGCAGGAACUGCCGAGCACAACGCAGACCACAAUCUGCCAACACUGGAAAACUCUGAAAUUGAGCAGCAGGAAGAUGACCAUCCAAAACCAGACGCCAGUGUGCAAACUGGGCAACCCACAGCUGAUAGCAGUGCAGAAGCAUCAGAGCCUGAAGAUCUGCCCACGAACGAGGCUCAGGAUGUGCCCGCACAGGAGAGUGAGCAGAGCCAGUGUCCCAUGGAAACCAACACCACUGAGAGCCAAGCAAUGCAGGACCAAGGGCAGGAACAUGUGCAGGAAGAGGCUGACCAUGCUGAUUUUGGUACUGAGACAGCAGGGACCACACCAGGCAACACUGCCAAUGCACCAGAGUCUGUUGACGUUUCCAUGACACAGGCUCAGAACGAUGUAGCGGGUGAAGUAAACGGACAAGAGCUGUGCCCUGCAGAAGAUGAGGCUGCCCAGACCAUUGACUGCCCCGUCAUGCAGGUGCAGACUCAGAGGCAGGGCAGCCUGCCUCCCCCAGAGGAGCAAAGCAUGCAAAGAGACACUGAGCCAAGCCCACAAGGAACGAGCCAAGCACAGAUGCAGGAGGCCUGCGCUGAGGAGGCCAUGCAGAGUCCACCAGCUCCUCCGGAGGACACUGACAUGACACCCACAGGCCCGGUAGCCGAGCAGGAAAACCAUUUGGAUGCAAAGGCAACGGAAGACGAGGUCAUGCAUGCACAAGAGGAGGUCGUGCAGAAGCAGAAUGAAGCGCCACAGGACAAGACACAGCCCCCCACGGUCCAGAAGCAGGCAGAAGCUCAGCCCAUCGCGCCAGGUGCUCGUCAGGAGCACAAAACUUCAGCAUCUGCCCAGAGGGGCAGUGGAGCCGGGAAGGUCAUCAGGAUGCCCACACCUCCAAGGCAUGCCCUGCCAUGCCGCGCCGAGCCGCAGCCAGCCCCCAAGCCCCCGGCAGCUGCUCCCCAGUACCCUCUGACGCGCCAGCAGCCGGCCGCACUCAACCACGCCACCGCCGCAAGCCGUUCUCAGAGCCCUCUCUCUCGCCCCAGCCACACAGUCAGCCCAGCACCGCAGCCGUCUGCAAUGAUUCAGGUGUACAGGCCCGCUCCGGCUCCCAAGCAGCCCGGCCAGCAGGAGAGCCUAGCAGGCACGGUUGCGCAUCUGCUGGAGCCGCCACUGCUGACUGCCGCCCGGCCGGCAGAGACUCAGAUGCAGCCUGCACCAUCGCUGCCCCCUGCACAGGUGUCCGGGAAAAGCCAAGCUGGCAGGGGGAGGAAGGAGGCUGGGAAGCAGGGGCACAAGCCGGUGGGUGACUCAGCUGGUGGGGACGCGAUGAUGAAAGAGCGGGAGGAGGAUGUGACGGGCAAGUCCUUCAUGGCAGAGCUGGUGCAUGGCAAGAAGCAGCUGGAAAUGAUGAUGCUAGAGGCACAGAAGAUGAGGGAUGGAGCCCUGGAGCUCACGGUGCUGACGGCCAUAGCAGCCAACCGACUAACGCGGCUGGACAACCCCAUCAUGAACAACAAGCUGGCCACUCUGCAGCGCGAGGCCGAAGAGCUAUUCAGGGCUGAGGACUGA